CAUCGACUGUACAACAACGACCACACCAUAAUGGAUCUCGGUGAUGAUUCCCCUUGGGGUGACGUGCCCUCGCAAUCGGUACAAGACCCCCCAAAGCAAGACAAGGACGAAUCCAGCACGCUUUCGCCUACGCCAAACAACGCAGCUGCCAGCUCUACACCCAGCGCUUCAGCUGCACCGCGCUCGCCUGCCGCUCGUGGACCUCGCCGGCGCCAAUAUGGCACCCAGUCGACGAAGCUCGAGGCCGUAGACGAUCCGCUGGGCCCGCUGGGAGCUCCCACGCCGCCCACAGCGUCUGAUGUCGGACCUCCAGCACCGCCGCAGAAGGAGAAUGUUGCAUCACGGAACAAUCGCCCGACGACUGGCGCCUCGACAUCAUCGUCUCUGCGCGGCAUGAUGGACUCGGUAGACCUCAACGACGACGAGGACGACGAGCGUGUGCGGUCGCAAGGUCCCAGAGUGCCCCCACCUGUCCAGGCACCGGUACACGCAGCACCUCAGCGCCAGGCACAGCCAAGUGUCAGCGUCGAGCAGGCUGCGAAGCCGACCUUCUCCAUCUACGUGGGCGACCCGCACAAGGUGGGCGACUUGACAAGCUCGCACACGGAGUACUCGGUCACCACCAAGACGACCUCCAAAGGCUACCGAAACCCCGAAUUCACAGUCUCACGCCGAUAUCGCGACUUCCUUUGGCUGUACACCCAGCUGCACAACAACAGCCCGGGUGUCAUCAUUCCCCCGCCCCCGGAGAAGCAGUCUCUCGGUCGCUUCGAGGCUGACUUCGUCGAGUCGAGACGUGCGGCGCUGGAACGUAUGCUGAACAGAAUAGCUGCGCAUCCUGUACUACAGCACGACACCGACCUGAAGCUCUUCCUCGAAAGUGAUGCCUUCAACGUGGAUAUCAAGAACAAGGAACGCAAGGAUGUUGGGCUGGGCGAGAGCAAGGGCAUGUUCGGUGGCAUGCUUUCCGGUAGUAGCGGCAAGUUUGUCGAGCACGACGAUUGGUUCCAUGAUCGCAAGAUCUAUCUCGACGCUCUGGAGAACCAGCUCAAGGCACUUCUCAAGGCUACUGAUACCGUCGUCAUACAACGCAAGGGGCUUGCAGAAGCUUGCGGCGACUUCUCCGCCUCAUUGCACUCGCUAUCUGCCGUUGAGCUCUCGCCCUCCCUUUCAGGCCCCCUGGACAGCCUCUCCGACAUCCAAAUACGGAUCCGCGAACUCUACGAACGCCAAGCUCAGCAAGACGUCCUCACAAUGGGCAUCGUAAUCGACGAAUACAUCCGUCUGAUCGGCUCCGUAAAGACAGCGUUCCAGCAGCGCCAGAAAUCCUACCACUCGUGGCACGCAGCCGAGCAAGAGCUGCAGAAGCGCAAGACCAACCAAGACAAGCUCCUAAGGCAAGGCCGAUCGCAACAAGAUCGUCUCAACCAACUCAGCGCCGACGUCGCGGACGCAGAGCGAAGGGUUCACCAGGCUAGGCUCCUGUUUGAUGACAUGGGUAGACUGAUGCGCAGCGAAUUAGAGCGUUUUGAAAGGGAGAAGGUGGAGGACUUCAAGUCGGGCGUAGAGACGUAUCUGGAGAGCGCUGUGGAGGCGCAGAAGGAGCUCAUUGAGAUCUGGGAGACAUUCCUCAUGCAACUGGACACCGAGGAAGGCGAGACAUUCGUUCCACCGGCUGGUGUCGUCGCGUCGCCUACAGCAGAACAGCCCGAGUCUGCGAAUGGGCGCUCCAAUGCGCAGGAAGAAGAGGAGGCGCCGCACGCGGAUGUUGAACAGGAAGUAGCAGCAUAGUAGCUACUACUCCUGCAAAUUCUACGAAUCGAUAAUGCUACCCUGAC